CUCCUGAACAGAAAUCGCCCCUUCUCCAACAUGAUGACUGUGAUAAAAUUCUGUGAUAUUUUCUUGCAUUCUUAUGGUGAUGAAAUAGGGUUAUCAGGUUUGCCUUAUCUACCCACCCCUGGUUCUUAAAACACAUUUGUAUUAUUGCUAUCACCUGGCUCUAAUCUCUGGGGGGAAGAAACGUGAAGUCUGCAAGAGACACUUCAGAGUGCCUCCCUCUUCUGUUUUUCUCUAUAAUAUUACCAAAUUUUUGAAGAAAAUAAUUUUACUGAUGCUUCUUGUCUGGGAGGACGCAUUUUUCUUUGUAAAGAUGGAUCUUUCCUUGGAGUAAACGUGCCCAUCCAGACCUUGUUAGAAUAUGCCCCUUGGGCUGGAAAUCUAGGCCCACAAUGAAGUCCACAGGGGCCCUGUUGUUUUUGUUAGCUGCCAGUGAGUGGACCCUUGACACAUGGCAACUCCUGCUCAGCAGAACCAAAAGCUGCCACGUCCCAUGCCAUCCUCAUACUUGGUUGUGAAUUGAACCAUUUUAAUACACAGAGUUUUUAUUGGCUAAUCUUCAGAAAUAGGUUACCAGGCCUUUCUUCCUAUAAAAUUACAAAAUAUUUAAAAUGAUCGUAAGAACUCAGAUAGUGUAAAAAAAAAAAAAAUGAGCUCCUUAUCAACACUUUGUAGAAUAAAUAAAUGUUGAUGCUCAGCUAUUGAUCAAAUUCACAUGUUUUUUGUUGAAUAAUCAAAUAAUAUGCACCAGGUGACACCAACUUUCUAUUCUUCUCAAUUUCUCAUGACCCUGCCCUAGGUGCUGUUUACCUUUGGUGAUGCAGCUACUGCUGGUAUAGGGACCACGCACUUGAUUGUCUUGUCACCUGAUCUGUUCCAUCAGAUUCAUCAACAGUAUGAAACCUAAAAACCAAACAAGUUUUUCUGGAUUCCUUCUCCUGGCACUGACAGAGAAUCUGGAACUGCAACCCCUUCUUUUUGCCCUGUUUCUGUUCAUAUAUCUGGUCACUGUCCUGGGGAACCUGCUCAUCAUCCUGGCUGUCAGCUUUGACCCUCACCUCCACACCCCCAUGUAUUUCUUUCUUGCCAAUCUGUCCUUCACUGACAUGUGUUUCAGCACCACCACAAUCCCAAAAAUGCUGGUGAAUCUCCAAACACAGAAUCAGAGCAUCACGUAUGCAGGCUGCCUCACCCAGGUCUGCUUUGUCUUGGUUUUUGCUAGUUUGGAAAGUUUUCUCCUGGGAGUAAUGGCCUAUGACCGCUACGCGGCCAUUUGUCACCCGCUGAUAUACACAGCCAUCAUGAACCCCCGCCUCUGUGGUCUGCUGAUUCUACUCUCCUUGUCCAUUACCACUGUGGAUGCCUUGAUCCACAGUCUGAUAGUGUUGAACCUAUCUUUCUGCACAGAUCGGGCAAUUCCCUACUUCUUCUGUGAAGUUGUUCAGAUCAUCAAGAUUGCCUGUUCUGAUACCCUUCUCAAUAGCACCUUCUUAUAUUUGGCAGCUACCAUACUAGGUGGUGUUCCUCUCUCUGGAAUCAUUUUCUCUUAUACUCAAAUUGUCUCCUCCAUUUUGAGAAUGCCUUCAGCAGGUGGAAAGUAUAAGGCUUUCUCCACCUGUGGGUCCCACCUCUCCGUUGUUUCUUUGUUCUAUGGAACAGGCUUAGGUACGUGUGUUAGUGCUGCAUUUACACACUCUUCCAGGAAGACUGCAGUAGCUUCAAUGAUGUACACUGUGGUCACUCCCAUGAUGAACCCCUUUAUCUACAGCUUGAGAAACAGGGACAUGAAGGGAGCCUUGAAGAACAUUUUCAAGUGCAUACCUGCUUUUCAGUGAUUAAAUUAUCUGCUUUGGGCCUGGCUUUCUAGUUUGCAUCAAAGCGAAAAAAUACUUAUGAGCUAGAAUCCCCGACUCUCUUUUAACCAGGUUAUUCUAAAAUGACAAAAUAACAUAAUGGCUAAGCAGCUAAGAAAUCAUAUGACACAUGGCAUUGGGCAAAUCUGCUGCAAAAGACCUCUUUAAAGUGUUGAAAAGCAAAGAUAUUACCUUGACGAGUAAGAUGCACCUGACCCAAGCCAUGGUGUUUUCAGUCCCCUUCUAUGCAUGUGAAAGCAGGAGGAUGAAUAAGGAAGACCAAAGAAGAAUCAAUGUCUUUGUAUUGUGUUGUUUGAGAAGAAUAUUGACUAUAUCAUGGACUACCAAAAGAAGGAACAAAUCUGUCUUGGAAGAAGUACAAUCAGAAUGCUCCUUAGAAGCAAGGAUAGCGAGACUACGUCUCACACACUUUGAACAUGUUAUCAGGAGAGAUCAGUCUCUCGGGAAGGACAGCAUGCUUGGUAAAGUAGCGGGUCAACAAAAAUGAGGAAGACCCUCAGUGAGAUGGAUUGACACAGUGGCUAUCACAAUGGACUUAAGCAUACCAAGGAUUGUGAGGAUGACUCAGGACCAGGCCAUGUUUUGUUCUGUUGUACAUAGGGUAGCUAUGAGUCUGAACUACUCGGCGGCACCUAACAACAACAAUAACAAGUGCAUUUCAACUUGGGAUUGGGCCCUGACUCUGCUCCUUGUGUAACCUCGGUUUCUUUCUUUCUUUCUUUUUUUUUUUUUUAGUCAAGUUCUAUAGAAGCAGUGCCUGAGGCAGGUGUUUUGUUAUGUGACUUUAGGGGGCAGCAGAAGGGAAGUGGGUGGAGGUGAGGAGGGCCGGAAAAAGGAAAAAGUAAGGCUGUAGGAAUAGCCAGAGACUACCUACAGUUUGAUCCCAAGGAUAAAGCCAUGUGAAUGAAAACCUAGACUUAGUCCCAAUGUGAGGGAUGGGAGCUUACUUUUCAUGCCCUGAUUAGUAGUUACUGAGACACGUCACUGGUAAAUUGUAUGUGUCCAGGGUGACAUCAGCAUUCACUGUAUUCAGUUUCAUUAUGUAUAAAAUGAUCAUAUUAGAUGGUCUCAGGACUUCAGAAGAUUGUGAAAUACCUGAACCUUUUCAGUAAAAUAGGCUUCGGUUCAAAAGGAAAUAUAAACUCUACUCUAACA